CAGUAUACAGUCUACACUAAUUGGGGUUUAUGUUAAUAGUGAAGGAGAAAGAGAGGAGAGUGAGGGAUCGCAGGUUUUGUGUUUGGGACUGAAGGGCGAGCGAGGCAGGCAUAAUGGCCAUUUUUUCCAAUCAUUAAAAUCGUCCUUCUCAAACCCCAUUCUCCCAACUUAAACCCUCACUCAUUCUUUCAUUUAUUUUUGGCCCCCUUCUCUUUUAUCUUUUUCCUUAAAUUACUGUUUUGUCGAUUUUAUUUUGAUUUUGUAUUCCGAUCAAUCAGCAAUGGUUACCAGCGCGGCUGAUUCUUCCUCUAACCACCACUCUCCCAUUGUUGCUGCCGCCACAACCACAAAUGUUCCCACCAGUAACCUUAAUUUCCCGCGAAAAAACCUGCCUUCUCCUUGGGCUCAAGUCGUUCGCGGCCCCGACGUUGAGCCACCCUCCGCCGCCGUCCACGAAUUGCUGUCGCCAUCGUCUUGCUCGUCCUCCUCUGCAACCGACCAACUGCUGCAAUCCUCCGAUCCCUCGCCGCUGGUUGAAAGUUCUAAUUCCGAUGGCGCCACCGCGGCUGCAGCAAGUGUAGAUAGCUUGGAUGCUGAUAAGGCGGGCAAUAAUGCGGGUGGACCUAAGAAACCCGCGUGGAGGAGGCAAUCCAACGGCGUAGAAGAUGCUUGUGCUGUGAAGGUAAUGGACGCUGUUUCUUGGCCCGCUUUGUCAGAUUCCACCAAGCCUACCACUAAGUUGUCACCUGAGGCCUCAUCUUCCAAGACUGCUUUUGAUGGAUCGCAACCUACUCCUCGGGGUCCGGUUGCUUUACACUCUCCUCGAAAGCAAGGAGUUGGCAAUGCAAGACCUAAUCCAGCAUCAGUUUAUGGUGGGGCUGGUAGACAAAGACUAAUAAUAAAGCGUGGAGGCGGCAAUGUCAAUGGCAAUGGCAAUGGUGCUGGCCCUGUUCAAGCAAUGAGGAGCUUCUCUGCUCCUCCUCCUCCACCACCACCACCCCCUUUUCCUGUAAUUCAGAUGCCUCCAACUAGCUUUCCUAAUGGGGUAGCAGGGGUGGCAGCCCUUGUUCCAAGAGAUCCUUACAGGAAUAGUAGCUGGGGUGCAAGGUCUUCGGUUGGGAGUUUCGUGCCACCAAUGAUUGAACAUAGGAGUCCAUCUCGCAGGGUAAAUUUUGGGCAUCAUCCACGUACUGGUGGUUCUUUUCAUAAUUAUGGCAGCCGGAGUGAUCAGGAUCGCCAAAAUUAUGCACAUACCAGAGAUCCUCAGUUACACCCGCCAAGGAUGUUUCCAACACGAGCAAUGAGCCCGCUUCCACCUAAUACCCCUUCAUUUGCAGGUCCUCAGCCUAUACCACCGUUUGUAAACCAUGCUGGCUUUCCUGAAUAUUGUUAUUUUCCAACGUUACAAUUUGAACCAUUUGGGGGUAUGCCAUUCUUUACCCAUGGACCUCCUGCUGCAAUGUUCUAUCCUGUUGCAGAAACUUCUCUUGUCAAUGCAAUAGUCAAGCAAAUUGAUUAUUAUUUUAGUGAUACUAAUUUAGUGAAAGAUGAGUUUUUACGUUCUAACAUGGAUGAUCAGGGCUUUGUUCCAAUUAGAUUGGUUGCAAGCUUUCGUCGUGUUAAAAGUUUGACAAGCAAUGUUGAGUUGAUUAUAGAUUCAUUGAGAAUAUCUACUAUUAUAGAAGUGAAGGGUGAUAAGUUGAGGAGGCGGAAGGAUUGGAUGAAGUGGCUGCCCUCUCCUUUGAAUCGGGCAGAUUUUGGUUCAACAUCUAUGGGUGGAUCAAGUUAUAAUAACUCGGCAACUGAUUUUGAAAAUAUCACUUUGGAUAAGACCACUGUGGAUAGACUUAAUUCCAAUUCUAUCACAACCAGUGAUGGCAAUGUGAAUGAAGAGUCCUCUAGUUCGUAUCAAUUCCAUAAUCAUGAUGCUAUGCUUAGCAGCAAUUAAACUUCAAUUUAACUUACAUAUCUGUCCAAUCAUACCAUUGUUAGCCUUUUUUUAGUAUCCCCUCCUUAUUCAUAUUAGAAUAGGCUGCAAGUGUGAUACCUUUCUACUGUCAUAUGGUCAAUUUUGAUAGUAAUCAAGUCUGUUAACGAUUGUUUUUUUCUUC